UUUGCCUGUGAUACUAUUCCGGGUUGAAACCAUGAGACAUGCACACUAUAUUAGUAGUGACAGCACGUGGGAAGCAUGGGACACCAAAGCAAACAAGAAGGGGCAGGGGACAAGAGAUGCUUUUUGCCAGGAUUCCCUCUUUGUGUCUACCUGUGAUCCCCAGUCAUGGUGAGCUGUAUAAAUCAUGUUAAUAGGCAAGGAGAAAGCCAAGGCAGCAACAUCAUCACAAUCAGAUUCAUUAUCAUCAGAGUAAUCAAUACACAACAGAAUGAGUUUGAGCAUUGCCAUACCUUCUCUCUCUCGUCUCUCCUCUCUUGGGGUGGCCAUGGCCCUGCACUCUCCUCGCAAGUAUAAGCGUAAUCAGUCAAAGAGUGUGCCCUCAAGCCCAAAAGGGCACCUAAGUCUCACAGACACACUUGUAGGUGAAGUGGAAAGAUUGGAGGAGUCUUGUUCUUCUUCCUCAUCUUUUGGAGCAGAUUGGUUUGGCCAAGCAUUGCAGAUGGCGAUCAAUUGCUAUUCCGAUUUGUCAAACAUGGAGAUAGACAUGGAAGGAGUUGGGAGCAAAUGGAUCAAUGCACAUCUGGAUGACAUACUCCACCUGCUUGAAGCUUGCAAUUUGUUGACGGACAGCAUUACAGAAAUCAGAAAGCAGCACACUAAUGUGCAGGUAGCCAUUCGUGGCCUUGGCCGUGAUCAGACUCCCUCUGCCCAUGCCCUUGAAAGGGCACGCACCACACUCGCCAUUUGGUUGAGUAAGAAGGACACACACACCCAGUUGGAGAAAUGCAUGUCCAUUUUGAGGCGAAUGGCAGAGAAACUCAACGUUGAGGAUAAAGCAGGAGUAGCACAAGCUGCCAUCAACAUCAACCAUGCAAAGGCCAUCACCGUCAUGGUUUUUUCUGCUCUUGUCACUGCUCUUUCCUUCAAGACAUCCCACAUAAGGAUGCCAUCUCUUUCUCUUCCUACCCAUUUCACUUGUCUGCAACAGAAGGUAAAGCAGGCAUUUGAGUUGAGGAAGAGGUCUUCAUCAACAUCAAGGUUCUUGCAGGAGUUAGAAGCAGCAGAUAUUGCACUGGGAGAUCUCAACAAUGUUCAUAACCCCAAGUCCAAAUUGCAGCUCCCAUUUAAUCUCUCUCCCUCCACCUUGGCACUCCAUGACCUGGAGACUGCUCUUCCCCUCCUUGAACACAAAAUCAACCAGUUAUUCAAGUGUUUCAUCUCUGCAAGAGUUGCACUCUUGAAUACCCUUUCUUCCCUGUGAGCAGCCACUUACUGCCGAGGAAUUUUCUUACAGGCUGCCAAAUUUGCCUUUUAAAGAGCUUGGAGCCUCCAAAAUACAUGUAACAUAUAUGUAUAUCAAUACUACUACCAUGAUCAAGGUUGAAUUGAUCGUCUUCAAUACAGAGAAAUAAAUAUUCGUCAAAA